AUGAAACAGCGGAUGACACUGGCCGAGAAGAAUGGUUUGUACGCGGAGCACAAGCGAAACCAUCAAGCUACAUACAAUGAAUUGGCUAAAUGGGCGGCGAAAAAGUUCAAACUCGAGACAAUUCCAACAAAAUCUGCGAUUGGAAAGGCUAUUCAGCGAGGCGCAUCGCAAUCCCAGCGCUUAAAUCUCCCGAACUCGAAACCGAACUACUCCAAUGGGUCCUACGUUGCGAGGAGCUUGGAGUCUGCCUCACGGGUGAGCUCAUUCGCGAGCAGGCCAGGACAAUCGCCACUCGUCUCGAUCUGCCCCCUUCGCAAUGUUCCACCUACUCAAAAGGCUGGCUUUAUAAGUUCCAGCGCAAGCAUGGCCUUACCAGCAAGAUUCAGCAUGGAGAAGCGGCGUCAACCCCACGCGAAGCUGUACGACAAGGCCGUAAAGAAGUCCUAA